AUGGUCGGGGCAACGCGCCUUGAGGAUGACGAGCCAGAUACAGAGUCAGUGACUGUGGGUGUUGCGACUAAGUUGGCUCAGGUCUUUGGGUUCUUCACAGAGGCAAUCGAGGAUAUGCGUCUUACAAUCUUUAACGGUGAGGAGAAGCCCAAUGGGAAGAGCUUGACCUUUCAUGAUAUUGGGCCGAUUGCACCGUUUGGGGAGAAUGAGAACACUAAUGGUAUUGGGAUUGAUCUUGAUGCUAACCCUGAUGUGUUGCCGCCUCCCCGGUGGCGCAGUUCUUUGGGGAAAAAGUCCCUCAUCUCUGGUCUUUUAGAAGAUAUCAGGGCCUUCAUCAUGCGCGACUCCUCCAGCGAAGGCCGAGACCGCUGGUGCAACAAGGCCGGUGCUCUUGAUAUCGACGGUGAAUGCUGGUUCAUUCUCCGGGCUGACCCCAAGGAUCCAUACCUCACCCGCGAGAUUGAAAUUACAGCUAUGAACUCGUUUGCUAACUACGAUAUCAAUAUUGAACACUGGAACUCAGUCUUCAACAACAUGGGGACUGAUUUUCUUCAGGCCCCGCCAAUGGAUGAGAAUGGGUAUCCUGAAUGCUUCUGGGGUUCGUUGCCUGUGUUCAGUGUGACGGAUGCCUCGAGGGAGAACGCGCUGGCUGCCUUGGCUGUUGAGGCUGCGACGGAUGGGAUUUGUGUGUCGACUGCGUUCCCUGGGCCUUUCAAGAGUGAUCCUAUCAAGGCGCCGGAGUACCUUGGGGUGAAUGACUGUCCUGUGAGUAUCGCUUUCUUUCUUCGCGAUGGAUGGAAUUGA